CACCUCCCCUGCCUUGAGCACAUCCCCAGCUGCUUCCCAUGAUCCGCGCACCUGGCAUUAAUGGUCUCCUGGGUGCUCUUCGGACCGCGAGACAGGUGCUCUCUGGGCGGAAUGCGUUCCAGGAUCUGGCUCAGAUAGAGGUUGCCAGGUUGGCUGCAUCGACCAGUCUCGGGCACCGCGAUCCUGGAGUUCAGCUAGAACCUUUGGAUUUGCAUCGAGUAUCCUCUGCUGCACUCUGGUGGUUGGCCUGCCGCCGAGCCAAGCGCCAGUUGCAGCAGGGCGCUGAAGUGAACUUGGAGCUUUGUAAGCUCAGCUUCCUGGUGAUUUUGGCGGGGAAGCUUCGGGAACUGGGACCUUUGCGCGGCUUGAGCUUUAGGUUGGCUGGUUGGGAUGUGAAGAACUGGAUGCAAACAGCCCUGCGCGGCGCCUUGCUCGACGGCAAGGUCAUCCCAGGCACCAAGAAUGGGAUCACUGCUCGCAUGUUGAUGAUGUGCAAGGUGGAGGCCUCCACGGUGUGCUCCCAAGAGCCCACAGCCACAGCGCAGUUCGAUCGUCUUUGGUUGUUUGUCUUUGAGGCCGACCUCUUGGAGAAGGAGCUCCGCGCGCGGAACGCCUUCCAACGGGCGCUGACCCAAGCCUUCCAGGAUGGCGAACAGCUGCACUUCACCGAGGCUGAGCUUGCCGGGGUGCCGGAGCAAUUCAAGAAGCGUUUCACAGGGCCUCUUCAAAGAUGGCAAAAGGGUCGAUUCAAGAUCCCAGUGGGUCGGGAGGCCAUGAACCACAUCGUGCCCUACUGCAGCGUUUCCUCCACACGACACCAGCUUUUCGAGGCUUACUACCGGCGCUUCGGCAGCGACUUCCAUGCCUCCGCGUUGGAGCUCCUACGUGCACGGCAACAGCUAGCGAAGCAGCUGGGUUUCCGCUGCUGGGCCGACUACGAGCUGCGGCCUUUGUCCGAGGUGGCUCAGGAUAGCCACGCUGCUUCCAAGCUCUUCGAGGACUGCUGGAGACACUUGGAACCAGCUGUGGCCUCCGCAGUGCAGAAGAUGAAAGGCAAAGCAGGUGUGCUGCAGCAACCAGAUGAGGCCUACUAUUGGACGCUGCAUGGCAGGGCAGUUGAAGCCUUGAAGCUAGCUGAGUACCUCCCAGCAGAACAGGCGCUAGAGCGGCUCGUGGACGUUCUAGGCCGUGCCUGCAACAUCACCUUCCGAGCUUUGCCAGCGAGAAGCUGGUGGCAGACAGGGUGGCACAGCGGUGUGCGCUGCUUCGAAGUCCUCGAUGGGCCACCCUUAGGAAUCGCCGCUGGCGGAGGCCGCUGUUUGGGCUAUGUCUAUGUGGAACUCUAUGGCACGUGGAGAGGGACACGUCCCUUGGCACCUGGAGCUUUGCUUCUGGCGCCUGGCCACGUGUAUUUGGGUCUCCAUCUCCAAGCCCCUUCGAUGGGCAUGACCAAGUUGCUGACUCCAGAGGAUGCUACGAUGAUGGCGCAUGAACUGGGCCAUGCGGUCCACAUGCUUUGCUUCUCUGGCUCCGCGCAAGAAUUCCAGGAUCUUCCGCUUGAUCUCUUGGAGUUGCCUUCCACCUUUGCCGAAGUCUUAGCCACAAAGCCAGAGGUGGUUGGAGAAUACGCCCGACACCAUCAGUCUGGAGAUGGGCCUCCGAACAGCUUGCUUCAAGUUGCGCAGGCAAAUCCAAACUUCUUUGCCCAGAAGUUGCAGAGCUGGAAUGUGAGUUUGGGGCUUCACUCCGACUUUGACGCCUUCGCCGCCACCCCUUCUGAGCUGCAGGAUAGAGCAGUGAGCUUGUGGCAGCGCUACUCGAAGGUGGCCGCCAGCGGCUCCUUCUCGCCGCUGGGCGAGGAUGCUGGUGGUUGCCUCGCCUUGGGGGCAAAUCAGGUGGCCUAUUUGCUGUGCUAUCUUCGUACUGCAACCUUGCUUCGGGGUAAAUCUGCCCAAGGCAAAUCUGCGCUGAAGAGGUGGCUCAGUCCCGACGCGGCGGGCAAGCUCCGGGCGCAAUUGCUGGAUCAACGGUUCAAUAGCGAGCGGUUGGCCACGUUGCUCCCAACACUUCAAGAGGAGGGCAUGUCACAGCUGCCUCAUCCCUUGCCGCCUCUGCCGUCAGAAAGCAAGCCUGGCCUCUUCCAAAAUCUUCGGUGAGCGUUCCAGAAGUUUUUCAGCCCAAAGCGGCUGAACGGGGUGUAGAUUGGAGAGCUUCAAGGGCUCUCAGCUGGAAGAACCAGGGUUAACCCCGUCUUGGACCAAACGAUUCCGUUGAGUUCUGGACGACUGGGAGAUGACCAUGGCUGGGAGAUAUCACGAAAGGUAGCUUGAGCUACCUGAGUUCUCCUUGCUUUAGCAAAAAUGUAUUACAAUCAGGAGUUGGGAUUGUGCAUUGAAUUUGGU